GAUGAGGCAGUGCUGCUGCUCUUCUUUUCAUGCUCCUCCUUCCCCCUUCUCUUCCUCCUCCUCCUCCUCCUUCUUCCCCCCUGCUCCUGCUGUCGAUCCCACAGGGACUCGCAGCCUUUACAUUCCUCUCAUUCCAGGCGCAGCGAACAAUCGGCCCUCAGUUACUGAUUAGAGCGCCGCGCGCUGCGCUCCGCUCACUUCACGGCUGGCCGCCGGCGCGCGCGCACAUGUUCACGGAGUAAAGGAGCUCUGGAGACUGCUAUUGAUUUAACAUUAAACAUCCUUUUUCCCAAAGAUACUGUCUUUGUGAUGCCACUCCAAAGUGAGCUGUGAUUUGGGAGCCUCUUCUCUUCAUCGGUUUUUCUUUUCAAACGUGUUUCCAGCUGACAGACAUGAGAACGUCUGAAGCCUCCUCUGGAACGGUGCUGCACCGUCUCAUUCAAGAACAGCUGCGAUACGGAAACCUGACUGACACUCGUACGCUUUUGGCCAUCCAGCAGCAGGCGCUGCGAGGAGGAGGCAGCAGUAGUGGCGGGGGCACAGGCAGCCCCCGCUCCUCUCUGGAGAGCCUGAGUCAGGAGGAGACCCAGUACAUGCAAAUGUCAAUGAGGCAGGAGCCUCAGGGCCAGGAGCACCAAGGGGACAGUCUGCACUCCGAGGGCCCCUUGUGUCACCUGUACCAGCUCCACGGGGAGGAGCUGCCAACCUACGAGGAGGCCAAAGCACACUCCCAGUACCUGAACUCACAGAGGGAGCAAGCAGCACAGGAGGUCCGUGACAUGGAGGGGAGUCAAAGUGAGGGACAGUGGGAUUUGAAGAGAGAGCACGCUCGCUCUCUGAGUGAAAGGCUCAUGCAGCUUUCUCUGGAAAGAAAUGGACUUAAAGCCAGUCUGGCCAUGAGCACUUCAAGCAGUUAUCCACAGCUCCCUCACAGCAAUAAUGUCAGUGCUGUGCCUCCGGGCAGACAAGGGGCCAAGCAGUGUGGAGAGCAGAGAGCGCCACCCCCGGAUUAUCCCCUCUAUGCCAGAGUUCCUGAAUACAUGCUCAGCCACUCACAGGAACACGCUCAGUACCACCUGCCUCCUCCAAUGUACCCUCCACAUCCCAGCAGGUCUGCCCAAGCCCAGGUGGUUCACAGCAGCAUCACCUCCACCUCCAACGCCAGCGGCAUGUUGAUGCGUGAGAAUGGGAGGCUCAGAAAGGAGUUGGAGAUGCACACUGAGAAGGAUGACAGGCUGCAGAAGCUGGAGGUGGAAAUUCAGAGGAUAUCUGAGGCCUACGACACCCUGAUGAAAGGCUCGGCCAAGCGGGAAAUGCUGGAGAAAACAAUGAGGAACAAAAUGGAGGCAGAAAUGAAGAGAAUGCACGACUUUAACAGAGACCUGAGAGAACAACUUGUGGAAGCAAACAAACACAGAGCGUCCAAAGAGGCCGAAAGCCCAGACCCGAGGCAGCACAUCUUUGUUAAACUGCUGGAACAAAAUGAAGAGCAACAGAGGGAGAGAGAACAUCUGGAGAAGCAGAUACAACAUUUGCGCGAGUCCGGAGAGGAAUGUCAGCGGAGACGGGAGCUGCUGGAACAGGCUCUAGCCUCGGCGCAAGCACGCAACCGGCAGCUGGAGGAAGAGCUUCUGCGGAAACGAGCAUACGUGAAGAAAGUGGAGCGGCUGCAGAGCGCGCUGGCUCAGCUGCAGGCGGCAUGCGAGAAGAGGGAGGUCCUGGAGCUCCGGCUGCGCACUCGGCUGGAGCAGGAACUAAAAAGCCUCAGGGCUCUGCAGUCUCAGAACCAGCCAGCUCAUCUCACAGCUUCAGAAAGGAGUUUGACUACGUUUCAGCAGCAGCUGCGGGAAAAGGAGGAGCAAAUUCUGGCCCUGGAGGCAGAUAUCACCAAGUGGGAGCAAAAGUACCUGGAGGAGAGCACAAUGAGGCAAUUUGCCAUGGAUGCAGCUGCCACCGCAGCGGCGCAAAGAGAUACAACAAUCAUCAACCAUUCACCCCGGCAUUCUCCAAAUAGCAGCUUCAACGAGGACUUGCCUUUGCUGAGUCACAGACAUCAAGAAAUGGAAAACAGGAUUCGUGUUCUCCACGCUCAGCUCCUGGAAAAGGAUGCUGUGAUCAAAGUCCUCCAGCAGCGCUCCAAAGGCGAGCAAGGCAAGCUGGACAAACAGGGCCUUCGCCCCGCCAGAUCCGUCCCUACCAUCCACACCAUGACCUGCAGCACGGAGAAAAGCGGGAAGAGCCUGUCAGAUGACCAGACAGGUGCUUCAGCGCCAAACCCUUCAUCCGUCGUCGCAGACAAGGGUCCAAGUAAAGACCCAAGAACUCAAAGCGAUGUGGACCUGCAGGAACUGGUGGUCAUGGCAGAGCCCAGCCAGCAUAAAGCAUCUGAGGGGAUCUCAGUAGCUACCACUGAUGCCGCAGAGGAGCCACAGGCAUCGCUCAAAAGCAUCAACAGCUCCGACUUAGAGGGCAUCGAAAUCCUAAUAUGAGGAGACAGAAGCGUUUUCCUGAGGUCUUCAAGACCUGCUUGGAUGUCUGGUUUGACACAGCGACGGUGCAGCUUGCAGAGGAGAGCUGAGCUGUCCUUCUGCUGCGUCUGCACGUUCCUCAUUUGGACAGUGAGAAUUCUUCAAGGUACCUGGACAGUAUUCUGUGAGACGACAGGAACUGAGCUGCUGGUGGUGCAUGUUGUUUGUGUUUUGUUUGACAAUGUAUAUUUAUAUUCAAAAAAAGCUGCUCUUGAUGAUGUGACAGUUUGAUAAAUGACUUGUGUUCGUGUGCUCACCUUGUUAAAUUAUAUUUCCAUAACUAUAUGAUUAUUCUUAUUUUUUUUGUUUAUCUUAAGUUUACUGUAGCAUUUAUGUUAGCACACCAUUUAAAGUAAUAGGAAUAUUUAUAAAGAAACCCAGAAUAAGCAUGCUAUGUGUUUUACUGUCAUGUCUGAGGAUUAUUCUGUUUCAGCCCAGAUUUAAAUUCACAGUUGCCCCUCUGUGAAAAUACAUUUAAAGCUCCUGCUCACAUCUUAGUGGGGAAUUUUGAAUGUGGAGCUCGCAAUGCGCCUUCGUUUUUCUCUCCUAAAAAAGCCUUCGAGGAUUGACAGUGUUUCACUGGGGUCCAAUUUUCCAGAUCCCGGAUUAAUGUUUGGGGCCUCAAAUGGCUACCGCCCAACAUUUUGCUGCCCUCUGAUGACACUCUGGAGCUAAUCUUCUCACAUUCCUCGCUGGGGUAAUGCUCCAGUUAAAGAAAAAGGCUAUCUAAAGUCUGACCCCUCGGCCUUGUAAAAAUGGCACACAUUCUCCACAUGAUUCCUUCCCGGAGCCGCUGAUUUCUUUUGGGCGAUGGUAGCUGGUUCUAUCAUAAGCACAGUAAUGGGUGGCUAUAACUGGCCUGCAUUUGCUACUCUAUUUGUUGUCUCUAUCACUGUGAUAUAUUCGACCAUGUUUUCUUCAUUGCUCAGCUAUCUCGCAUUCUCUGAGUGAACUCUACGCUUAGCAAUGGACGCCUCUAUUUAUUUCUCCCUGCUUAAUGUAGGAUUACUGAACACUGCUGAAUGUAGACUACUGUUUUUAAGGAAAAUGCUCUUUCUUGAACUGGAAAGUGUCACAGUUUUCUAUUGUCUCUAGAUUGAAAGGCCUAUAAAUGUAAUUGAGGGAUUCUAAUGAGAUUCAGCUUCAGCUAGUGGAAACAAACACACAGAGUUUUCUGAAGUGCAAAGAUUGCAUGUGAAACCUGAACUGAUAUUUCACAUCAAGCUCUUUCAGAUUUUCCCCCAUAACGCAUAUGCUGGUCAAUGCCAUUUCUUAGUUUGGAUUUUUCCUAUCUUUUAUUUUUUCCUGAAUGUUUACACGAAUGGCUGUUUGAAGCAAGAAAAGUUAAUAUAUUUUUGUGUGUUAGUCAUUUCUAUGUCUGUAAACUGUUUUGGUUUUCAUGUGCCAAAGAUGUCCUUCACCUUUAAGUUAUGUCUGGUGACAAAUACAAGAAGCACUGCCGAUGUGCUUUGCUCCAGCUCCAUGAUGUCGCUGUGAACUUUUGUAAAAGAAAUGUUUUUUCUGUUAUGUCUCUGCAUUUCACAAUAAUAGAUUAAAAGUCCUAAUAUAUACCAAA